CGCAAAUAACACUGAACUUGAUACGUCAGCGAUGCACAGAGCUUAUGAACAGUUGCAUAAGUGUACAGAAGAGUUGAAUGCAGCGAUGAGUUUUCCGAUGUUUCUGACCCUCUUUACAUCGGGUUUGGUAACUACGUUAUACCUGAAGCUUAUUUUCCAAGCUGGACAAUCAGUUAAUUUUCACACGAUAGCACAGGUUAUGAUAAUUUACGCUGCGGUCCGCUGUUGUAAGUACACGAUCCUGGUAGUUACCCCUUGCUACUAUUCUAGCAUUACAGCCAAACAAAUCUCGAUCAUUCGCACCACACUGCAUAAUGCUAUUAACACUUCGAAAAUGGAUAAGAUCGAGCGCCGCAAAAUAAAAGCAUUCUUUCUGCUGGCUCAAGACAACGACUUCUCAUAUGCCUUGUGGGGCGUCAUACGAUUCAAUAUGGCCCUUCCGCUAAGCUACACAAGCCUUUGCACUACGUAUCUCGUCAUCAUCAUCCAGUUUUCGAAGUUUAUUGAUUAACUUUGAUCUUCAACCAUUCUCAGUUUACAUUCACUCAGUUCGUGAAAUUGGCUUGCACCUAGGCUACAAUGUCUCGCUACUGAAAAAUAAAUGUUUGUUCUUGAUCCAGUAUUACUUAGUGAAGUAGACUCUC